AUGGGCAAUCAACAAUCUAACAUGGGCGGAGGCCCAGGCGGGGAUGGGCGCGAUGACAAGGACAAGAAGAAGGAUAAGCCCAAGUACGAGCCACCACCACCACCCACCACCCGCAUUGGCCGGAAGAAGCGCAAGGCUGGAGGUCCUAGCGCUGCAUCGAAGCUCCCAGACAUUUAUCCUACCUCGAGAUGCAAGCUACGAUACCUGCGAAUGCAACGUGUGCAUGACCACCUGCUCUUGGAGGAGGAAUACGUGGAGAACAUGGAACGCCUGCGCAAAGCCAAGGCUCAGGCUGCUCAGGGCUCAGCUCGCUCCGAAGAUCCGGAGCUUUCCGAUCGGAACGCCGACGAGCGAAGUCGAGUCGAUGACAUGCGUGGCAGUCCGAUGGGUGUUGGUAACCUGGAGGAACUGAUUGACGAUGAUCAUGCUAUCGUUUCUAGUGCGACGGGCCCAGAAUACUAUGUGUCUAUCAUGUCUUUCGUGGAUAAGGACCUUCUGGAACCAGGUGCUAGCAUCUUGCUGCAUCACAAAUCUGUUUCUGUGGUCGGUGUUUUGACAGAAGAGUCAGAUCCACUUGUGUCGGUCAUGAAACUUGACAAGGCUCCAACUGAAUCAUACGCCGAUAUUGGUGGAUUGGAAUCUCAGAUCCAGGAGGUUCGAGAAUCCGUCGAAUUGCCGCUUCUUCAUCCUGAGCUGUACGAGGAAAUGGGUAUCAAGCCUCCCAAGGGUGUCAUCCUGUACGGUGCACCCGGAACCGGAAAGACACUCUUGGCCAAGGCUGUUGCCAACCAAACGAGUGCCACAUUCCUUCGUAUUGUUGGAUCAGAAUUGAUUCAGAAGUACCUUGGUGAUGGCCCCCGCCUGGUCCGUCAAAUUUUCACCGUCGCAGCCGAGCACGCCCCAUCCAUUGUCUUCAUUGACGAGAUUGACGCUAUUGGUACGAAGCGGUACGACUCGACAUCCGGAGGCGAGCGAGAGAUCCAGCGUACUAUGCUUGAACUCCUAAAUCAGCUUGACGGUUUCGAUGACCGUGGCGAUGUGAAGGUGAUCAUGGCCACAAACAAAAUCGAAAGUUUGGAUCCUGCCCUGAUUCGUCCAGGUCGUAUUGACCGAAAAAUUCUCUUCGAAAACCCCGACCAAAAUACCAAGAAGAAGAUUUUCACCCUGCACACGUCCAAGAUGUCCCUUGGUGAUGAUGUCGAUCUUGAUGAGUUCAUCAAUCAAAAGGACGAUUUGUCUGGUGCAGACAUUCGAGCAAUAUGCACUGAAGCUGGUCUCAUGGCUCUUCGGGAGCGCCGUAUGCGGGUACAGAUGGAUGACUUCCGGUCGGCCCGUGAGCGCAUCAUGAAGACCAAGCAGGAUGGCGGUCCCGUGGAGGGCUUGUACUUGUAG